AUGGCGGUCCUGCGUGUGUCGUUGCUGUUGGGCUCCUUGAUCCUCGUUCUCUACUUGACGACCACAUCUGCUCUGUCACAUGACCCCACCUUCAGCACCACCAACUCUGGACCCCCCACCAGAAUCAGGAGGGACCUGACCUACCUUACUCAAGAGAAAACAAAGGAAGUCAUGGACACUGGGAAAACUGCUCUGGAAGCAUUCAAAUCUACAUUUGAACAUCUUGAGGGAACAAAAACAUUGUCAGGCAUAAUGGAGAAGAUCUCAAAGUUUUCUGGCUUGGUGCCAGGUAUCGGAGGCCUGAUGCUCUCCUUUGUCAGCAUGGUCUUAAUCUUCAUUCCUCAGGAGAGCCCCACAGACCAGCUGCAGGCUGAUCUGGAUGAGGUGAACAGGAAGCUGGACUCUCUCUCCAUCCAGAUCUCCAACCUGGCAACGGAUGUGGAAUGGCACAACUACGCCAGCGUCUACUCUCAGGACGAGGUCCGCAUCCUCAACGCCUGGAAGAGGUUAAAUGAGCUCAUAGAGAGUUCCAGGUUGGCACAGAGCAAUGAGAAAAAGAUCCGUCUGGCUGAGAUGUUCACCACCUUCUAUGAGAACACGGCCACUGAAGGCAGCGUGGCCAGCCUCUACCACUACCUGACCAUCAGGGGCACGUCUCUCAGCAAGAACCUGCUCGACAUCCUGACCAGGAAGUUUAAAUGUGGCUUUGAUGAUGUGGCCAUGUACGCUUUCUAUUUCAACAGCCUGAUGUAUAGGGGGAUGGUCCUCAACCAGUUCUACUGGAGUCUGAUGGGUUUCGACACGUCAGUCAAGGCAGCUGAACACACCUCAAUGAUGAAACAAGUUGUUAGAGCUCAGAAAAAUGCUCUGAACUACUGCAUGAACAACUACAAGGAGUACAUGAAGAGGGAUGUGGAGGAGAUCAGCAAAAAAUACAGCUACAAGGACAAAGAACUAAUUGCAUCUGAGAUCAAAACGGCUUUGGACAAGAAGUACUUCUGGUACAACUGGGUGGUGGUAGUGCACGACACGAAGCAGGACUACCCUGACAAAACAGAUGGUUUCACUGUAAUCCCUGUAGAGAAGGUCACCAUCGCUGUGGGUUUCAUCAACAAAGAAAAAAUGGACCUUCAGUGGCGGUCUUCCCAAAUGCUUUGUGGACCCAUGGCAAACUGCGAUGACGAGGGGCAAAUCAAUAGCAGGGAGUUAUGUUAUGUAGAGAUUGUUGCUACAUACGAUGAUCAUCAAGAAUUUAUUGAAGUCAGGAGAAAACUGAUGCAUCUCUCUUAUGAUCGGAACCCUGUUCACGUCCCACAUUCCUGCUGCAAUGAAACUUGUCGGUGGGGGACGUUCUCGGAGGGCUCCCUCUCCUUUUAUUAUUCAAGGGAAGUAGAAGUCUGCACUGGGGAUCCCUGUAUGAACGGUGGUACGUGUCGAAGGAUGCUGAUGUCCAACGACUGGAUGUGUGACUGUACAGAUGAUUUCUAUGGAAGAAUAUGUGAAAACAGCACCACCAUCAGUGCGGCACCAAGGUACCUCGUGCCUCACCCCGUGCCCCUCAUCAGCACCAUCAACACCAAGCUGCAGAACAUGCAGAGCAAAAUUGAUGGUAUUUAUUCCCUCCUGCAGCAGAAAGGCUGA